AUGAGCAGUUGCGAUACACAAAUGCCUCGCAAUCUCAAUGAUGCUCAACUGAAUCCAGCCAUGAUGGAGUACCCACCCGAAACGAGAGGGAUCACAGAAAUGACGUUUACCUUGGCGCGGUGCCAGAUAACUAGCAUGUAUCGUUGCAUGAUUGACUCGAGGAGGACUUGCGGAGCUACAGGGAAACCCUACUCGCAAUUAUCUUUUCAGGAACGAUCCGACUGGAUCGAUGGUUGUGAGGCAGCGUUUUCGCAAAAGUACCUGAGAGAAUGUUCCCCCACAGUCGCUUUCCAUUGGGUCACGGUGAUUCUUACGCGCAUGCUUUUCCACAAAGUCAGAUUGCACGGAUGUAAUCCACUGCAGGAACCAGACGAUUUGUCAGAAACUAUUCGUAAAAGACUUUUCCUUGUCGCCGUUGAGGUGAUUGAGUUGAACUACAAGCUCAGAACGGAUCCGCGAACACGCCCCUGGGCCUGGCUCUUCAGCUCAUACACUCAAUGGCAUUCUUUCUCAUUAGUCCUCGUCUGGUUACAACAGGACCCUCUCUGCAAGGGGUCACGACGGGCAUGGGAAGCAAUUGAAAAGGCUAUUGUUCUCAGAUGGGAGCAUCCCCUUUCGCUCCUGGGCGGCAAAAAGCCCCAGCAAUGGCGAUCGAUCAUAAGGCAGCUUGGGAGGGCACGUUCUAUACGGCAAGAUGCUCUUGGAAAGAGAAAAAGACGAGCAUCCCGUGCAUCCCAGCUCACGGAUGCACCUUCAGCAGCCCCAUCGAAUGGCGGCAUGGCCGCCAGACGUCCGUCAGCUGCGCAGACCUUUCCUCAACCUAUCCAACAGCAGCCCCAUCUCUCACCACAAAAGGCAUCGGAUCAGACGGUUGGCCCGCGCAAUGCCGCCCUUGAUGCUACCGAAGAUGUGUACAUGUCGCCAGACGCCAUGAUGUCGGGAUUAGGAGACCACCAGUCGAAGAACUCAAUUCCCAGCUUCAACUACGGCGAUAUGUCAGAAAUGAUGGCACCUUCAGAUACGAUGAUGAUCGAUGAGGAAUUUUCAACUGAUGAAUUUCAGAGUUUGCCCGACUUCUUGUUCCUCCAAAGCAUUUUCCAGAACGCUAGCUAG